GUAAAGAAAUGUCAUUGAUAUACAGUGAGCCUUACUUUACCUCUGAAGUUAGAUAUCACAAAAAGAGAGGGAGAGAGAGAAAGAGAGAGUGUGUGUGAGAGAGAAAGGGAGUUCUGUGAAUUGUUCUGUGGAAAAAAUGAGAAUACAAGUCAUCUUUGGGAUCUGGAUGUUUACAGGAGGUGCCGUGGGUUUGCUGUUCAUGGAUCCUGUUGUCUGUAGAUUUAAAGAGAUUAAUCAGUGUUACGUAGCUCUGGGACAACGACUGCACUUGCAAUUGAUUAAGGAGGAUUCGUUUGGUCUACUACUGAGCAGCAAUACAUUAAGCAAUCGUUUAAUUUUAAACUAUAAAAAAAAAAAAAGUAACGCAACACAAAUAUAUUUCCCAAGAUGGCAAUUUGUGAAUAACAAUAAAACUCUGGUACUAAGCAGUGCAGAAAUGUAUGACUCUGGAGAAUACACUUUUGUCAUCAAAGAUGCAGAUGAUAAUGUUAAAACGUUCUAUAGUCUCCAGCUAAAUGUUGAAGCCGAGGUGUCCUCAGUGAAAGUGUCAUACAGCUGCUUGUCCCCUGGGAUAAGAAAAACGUACUGUUCUGCUGAUGGUGACAACCUUCGCUUUCGCUUGUCUACUGAUUUAAACCCUGUUAUUCAACUCGAGGCUGGGAACAGCACUUUACUGUUGGACCAAAACCAAGGAAAUGUCACCUGCCAUGUAGAAAAUCACGUCAGUAGGGCAGAAAAUUCUGCAGAACUCCACCCCUGUCUUGGUUUCAGUGUGUUUGUGUCUGUGUGGCUCUUUGAAGUUAUCAUCCUGCUGUCAUUGUUACUGGGAGCAUUUUAUAUCUAUACUAGAAUCUACAGGAAACAGAAAACAACUGAGAAUCAGGAGGCUCUGUAAACUUGGAUCAGGAACAGUAGGAGCAGUUCAGUGUUGCUCUCCUCCAGACCAGUCAUCUACAUGAAACGACAGAAAAGUAUAAGCAUCAACCACAUAUGGUUUACGUGGAACAAAAUUUCAGCUAUGCUUGUCCCAAAAUUAAACAGAUUAUUGGAGGUCCUUGGAGCUUCAUGGUACAUUGUUUCAUUCAUGCUUUGUUAUUCAAAUAAAGAUAAUGUGAUGAAUUAA